ACUCAACAACCAUAGCUGUCGACCCUGCCCUCUGAAGUCCAACUCGGCGAUCCAAUCUAUUCAGUCCCAAUGUCUCCUUCAUCAGCGUGACAUCUCCAUUCACAGUCAUGGCUACCUGCCAAAUAGCAAGAACAUGUCUCUCCCGCAGGCCCCCUCUCCCCUCUGGCACCCUACAAGCACUCUUUUAUCCUCGCUCCCUGAGACCACCUCCAUAUCGCUCUCCAAAGCUCCAACUCCAGCUUACACAGAGGAGACCGUUCUCCAAUAAUCCCAGACUUCGCCAGGACCGUAAAGAGUCGGACGAGGAACCCUUUGCAACCAGAUUGGGAAAAGCAUGGAGAAAAACAAAAGUUGAAUGGAAACCUAUUCCCAUCGGCUUAGGCAUCGCAUUGCUGGGGUUCAUACAAUUUCUCCGUAUCCGCAACCGACCAGUUAAUUCGCAGGAGGGAGGAGGUGACGCCGAUGGACAUGGCCCUCGCCCUCCUAAACGUCCUCGUAUCUAUCCUUCCGGUGGUGGAUGGCAGGUCCAAAUCAUGUCAACUCUACCUUUAAAGGCCAUAUCUCGUGUCUGGGGCCGAUUCAACGAGCUCACAAUUCCCUAUUACCUGCGUGUUCCUGGCUUCAAACUCUAUGGCUGGAUCUUUGGUGUCAACUUUGCUGAGAUUGCCGAGCCAGACCUUCACACCUUUCCAAACCUAGCCUCCUUCUUCUAUCGCGAGCUAAAACCAGGUCUGCGCCCCUUGGAUCCCAAUCCCAAUGCCAUACUCUCUCCUGCCGACGCUCGCGUCUUGCAAUUUGGCACUAUCGAGAAUGGUGAGGUUGAACAGGUCAAGGGCAUGACCUACAGCGUCGAUGCUCUUCUAGGCUCUAUUGUUCCGGGAACGUCUCCAAACCCUCAAUCUCCAACCAAUAUCUUCGCUUCAAAAACGGAUGAAAAGCUCAGAUCUCUGCCCUCUGACGAUCCUGAGGCCAAAGCCAUCACAAGCGACCAAGAGUUUGCAAACAUGAAUGGUAUUUCUUAUACAUUGCCAAACCUCUUCUCCGGAGCUUCUACGGCAGCCCCUGUUCACAACCAACAGGACGCUUCCACAAAAUCCACCCCCUCAUCCGAGGCUGCCGUUUCUGCCGAUCUAGCUACCACUCAACCCUGGUGGUCGCCUUUCUCCCAUCCCUCCACUACUAGCAAGCUCUAUUACGUGGUGGUGUACCUUGCUCCAGGUGAUUACCACAGAUUCCAUUCACCCGUGUCCUGGGUCUGUUCGCAGCGCCGCCAUUUUGCUGGUGAAUUGUACUCAGUGAGCCCUUAUGUCCAAAGAACCCUGCCGGGCCUCUUCACCCUCAACGAACGUGUUGUCCUUCUCGGUCGUUGGAAGCACGGCUUUUUCAGCUAUACGCCUGUAGGCGCCACAAAUGUUGGCUCCAUCGUCAUCAAUUUCGACAAAGAACUGCGCACCAAUUCCCUCACCACUGAUACCCAGGCCGACCGAGAAGCUGCUGCCGCCGCCGAGCGUGGUGAACCGUAUUCGGGCUACAGUGAGGCCACCUAUGACCAUGCUAGCAAAGUCCUUGGAGGCCAUGCACUGCGCCGAGGCGAAGAGAUGGGAGGUUUCAAACUGGGCAGUAGCAUCGUGCUCGUGUUCGAAGCUCCUGCUGGUCAGAGAAAGGCUAGUCUCGACCAAGGAGGUUCUGAUGGAGGCGAGGUGGUUGGAGGCUUCAAAUGGGCCGUCGAACGUGGUCAAAGGGUCCAGGUUGGUCAGACUCUGGGCUACAUCACUGACCAGGACUGAAACCCAAGGUCCAGCGUCUUGAUCCUACCCACUUGGUCCAUUGCGCCAUCUCUUGCAUUCGAUCUGAGCCACUUCUCACGAACAUCUAGAAUCUUUGUAUUACCACCAUAUCAUGUACAAAGCCAUAUGUGUAAUGAUGAACUGUCUCUUUGCGUCUCUGCCUCCCAAU